AUGCUGUUCCAGGUGAACAAAAAGAGCAUGUUCUACAUUAAUCAAGACACUGGUGGGAUACACGUCAUGCACAACACGCUCGACAGAGAGAAACAAGAAACAUACACAUUGAUUAUUAAAGGGGCCGAUCUGGAUGGAGAUAUGAACGGAAAAACUGGAACAGGAACUGCUGUCAUCAAGAUUCAUGACGUCAAUGACAACAUUCCUACUUUGGAGAAAAAUUCUUAUGAGUGCCGUGUGGAAGAAAACACUAGAAAUGUGGAAGUGGUGAGGAUUCAAGCGAUCGAUGCGGAUCUGAUCUACACUGAAAACUGGCUGGCCGUCUUCACAAUCGUGUCGGGAAACGAAGCUGGUUAUUUCUCCAUAAUCACAGAUAACAAGACCAACGAAGGCAUCCUGAUUCUCCAUAAGGAGCUGGACUACGAAGAGCUGAAGGAAAUCAAGCUGCAGGUGUCUGUUGCUAACAAGGCACAGUAUCACUCUUCAGUAGUCAUAACAGAGAGCAAGACAUACAGCAUCCAUGUCAGUGUGGUCAACCAGCCUGAGGGCCCUCGCUUCAAACCCGCUGUCAAAGUCAUCACCAUCUCUGAAGAAAGCACCAGCACUAUUUUACAUAAAGUCAUUACCAAUUACGCAGCAAUAGACAGCGAUACGCUACUAAUUGCUAAUAACGUGAGGUAUGCAAAAGGACGAGAUGUUGACAACUGGUUGAUUAUAGAUGAGAGGAUGGCUGAUAUAAGACUAAAUAAAAUACCAGAUUAUGAGUCCAAGUUUCUGAUCAAUGGCACAUAUUGCGCUCAGAUAAUAUGCAUCACUAAUGAUACCCCGGCUAAAACUGCAACAGGAACCAUUGCCGUUCAAGUAAAAGACUUUAAUGACCACUGUCCUGUGCUGAGCCAUCAGUCUCAAACGCUGUGCUAUGAGGAUCAAGUGGUUUAUGUCACGGCUGUGGACAAAGAUCAGUUCCCCAAUGGAGCACCCUUUGGUUUCAAAGUGGACACCAUAAGCACAAAGGAGUCAUGGAGCAUCGAGCCUCUCAAUGGCACUACAGCGAUAUUCAGGUCUCAAAAAACACUGUGGCCUGGCAUGUACCAUGUGUUUGUGGACGUGUGGGACCAGCAGGGGAAGAUCUGUGCUAGUCAGGAGCUUCAGAUAGACAUCUGCACGUGUGACGCAGCUAAAGUUUGCAUGCCCCAAAAGACCGUCUCCACGUUUGGAGCAUCUGGUGUUCUUCUAAUGCUGCUGGGACUGCUGCUGCUUCUGUUGGUGCCGCUUCUGCUGCUCUUCUGUCUUUGUGGAGGUGCAGGAGUUGCGGGAGAUUUCAAGACCAUGCCGUUUGAUGCUAGAGAGCAUCUUAUCUCGUAUAACACUGAAGGACAGGGGGAGGACAAGGACAUGGCUAUCUUAAAGAUUUCAAAGGAGCUGGAGGACAACAAGCGCGGUAAUGUGGGCGCUGUAGGAGGAGCUAAGAUAUGGGGUGGAGUAAAGGAUGGUGGAUGUGGAGCAGAAGGCUCACACUGGACCUCGUUCUAUGACCAGCAUGACAGUGCAUAUCUUCACCAGAAUGACGGGUGGUAUGUGUCUGGACAAAGAAAAGGAGAACACAGCAGAUUUGAAGACAACAUGUUUGACGGGCUUGCACUGUCUGAUGCUUUCUUAGGCAACUACUAUUCUCAAAAAGCAAGUCAUGUGGCUAAGAAGCAAGACAUAGGAGAAAGUCUAAAGAUCUAUGACUACGAGGGUCAGGAAUCAUACAAGGGCUCAUUUGAGGACAUCUGUGGUCUCUUACACGAAGAAAAUGACUUUGCUUUUCUUGAUGACCUUGAUAUAAAGUUCAAGACACUGGCUGAGAUCUGUAGUGGUUCGACAAUAAAGGCUGAAAUCAGCACGACCGUCCCUGUGACCUCCAAACCGGUCCUCUCCACCACACACAAAGAUGUCAACAUACAAGAGUCAGUUAGUCAUUUACAGUCUCAGGAGAAAGCAACCUCAUCCGCCAUCAUUCAUACCGCAGGAGCGCAGCAGACCAGCAGCAUGUCUUCAACAGGAGUCUAUGUCCAAGAUAAAGUAGUGGUUCCUAACCAAACCCUGUUAGUCCAGCAGCCUGCGAUGUACUACACCUCUGCCACCCCCAUUUAUGUGAUGGAAGCCCAGCCAUCUCUGCUGGUGAUGCCCGGCCCAGUCCUAGGCCUUCAGGAGAACCUGUUAAUGGAGGAGAAGAAGGGGUCUGGUGCUUCUGCCAAACGUGAAACGCAGCACUACCAGAGUGUAGUUCUUGUUGAGAAGCAGCCACCAAAAGGGUCUUUGCAAACUCAAGGAGCGAUGCAGAUGGUUGACACUGAAAUAAUGCAGUCCAUGGAGGCUCAAGGGGUUAAACGGGCACUCCAUCCAUCCGCCCAGAUGUUUAACACUGAAAUAAUGCAGUCCACUGAGGUUCACGAGGUUAGACGGGAGGUCCAUCCAGCCAGAAGGGUGACGGCAGGAGCGGCCAGAGACACGGAAGUUUAUGCUUCGUUGGAUAUGAGGGUUCCUCAGAGUCUGUAAGCACUUGGGAUGCACCGAUACUACAUUUCUCAGCCGAUAACCGAUAAAUUAUUCAGAAUAACAUAUGCCGAUACCCAUACCCUGGUUUUCUUAAAGUCCAGGUGAACUGGAAGUUGCUGCCGACUUUUCUUCAGUAUUGUGACAUUUCCAACUGAAACUGAAUAUUUUAAUGCUCCUCCUCUCUGUCUUUUGCUCACAGCAAACUAAAGGGGUGGUUCCGAAUAUUCUUUGCCCAAUUGCUCA